GUGUGCGCUGCGCUGCUCUCUUUGCUCUUUACUUUAUAUUGUGGUGCGUUUAAUGACCGGCUGAAUGGUGACGCUUUCUCUGUAAACACUGAGGAGGAGGAAAGUUAGUUUAACUUCCAAGGCCUGUUGAAGCUGUGAGAUCUGUCAGAGAGUGUGGUGAAGGAGGCAUCAGGAUGAAGUCCAAAGGGAAGGCUGUGAAAUCAUCCAGGAGAACCUGGUCUGACCCGGAACCAGAACUAGAACCGGACACAGAACCAGAACCUGGAUCCAGUGAGCAAGAAGGCUCCGAGGACUCUUGGAGAGGGUCGUUGAGGAGUGGGGGCGGCAAGCGGAAAGGAGGAGGUGGAGGUCGGCGCCGUAGGCAGUACGGCUCAAGCACCAAGGAACGCAGCGUCCGGCGACUUGAGAGCAAUGAGCGGGAACGCCAGCGCAUGCACAAACUCAACAACGCCUUCCAGGCACUUCGUGAGGCCAUCCCACAUGUCAAGACUGACAAGAAGCUUUCCAAGAUUGAGACACUGACCCUGGCAAAGAACUACAUUAAGGCAUUGACCACCAUCGUCGUUGACAUGUCAGGGGCCUGCCUGCCUGCUGGCGGGGUCCCAUCAGAGGCCAGUGCCGCCAAGCUGCUCCAGUGCUACCAACAGCACCUGGAGGAGGAGGGAGAGGAAGGUCUCACCCAGUACCUCACCCACAUGCACAGCUUCAGCCAGGGCAGCUAACAGUGCCUAAAAGGUGGUUUGGAAAACUAGGGGAGGCACCAGGAGGCUGGUCUCCAAGGCAGAGAGAGAUGUGGGUGUACUUUUUAGGACCAAAUCUCAAAUGAUACCCAGUUCCUGUAGGCACACUGCUUUGAAAUCUGGUUAGAAGGGGUGUUUUCUGCAGGAGCUGGGUGCUCUUUCAGAUCAUAGACCUUUGAUGAUAAAACCAGUUGAUCUCAUGACACUGGCACCCACUGAUGCUUGAACAUAGCAUAACACAGCUAAAGGUGGGCUGUGAACCUGUUCUUCAUGCAAAGUAAGGAUCUACUGAUGGACCAUCCCCUUAGCUGACACAAAGACUGCAGAUUGGACAGCAAAAACCAGAUGUACGGCAGUCAUGAAGAGUAAAAAGUUAAUUUGUUACAGUACUCAGAAAGAAAGGGCUAAUCUUUCACCACUUGUCUUUUUCUCGUCUUGUGUGGUUUAAGCCGGGGGGGAAGGAGGGACUUGUUCUCUUUUGUGUUAUCUUAUGAUCUUCUUCUCUGUGUUUUUGUUGAGAAACCAAGGGUAGCCUCCAGUCAUAACUGUCACAUCGAGGAAGAAAAGAAAUACAAGCAGCAGCCCUAAAUAUUUGAAACGCUGAAGCAAUAAAGCGUAUUUGCUAAUGUUAACAAUCCACCACCAAGCUGAGAACACAGUUUACUUGUCUGUUUAUUCUGAAACAGGUUGUCUGUCUAUAGCUUGAAGGCACAAGUGAUGUUUUAAGUGUGUUAUUUUCCUUUUUUGUGUCCCUGUGUGUCUUGAGGGAGGACAUUGUACUGAAAAAGAUUGGAAAAAAAUUGAGUGAACGAUGAGUUUAUUAUCAAUAAACACAUGUAUUUAUUGACAAGCGGUGUUAUUUUGACCAUGCACAACACUUGAGAAACAACAGCACUGAUGUGUUGCACACAACAGGAACACAAUUUAAUGAUUAUUCACAGAUAAUACAGACAGAUCUCUGUACACUUUCAACAUAUACAAACAGCAUCAUUUUCAGACAGUGCUUUAUUAUAUAUCUAGGUCCAUUUAGCAUACAUUUAUGCCUGAGCAGAUGUAAUUCAGUGUAUGUGUGUGGUUUAUGGACUUUUUUUUUUAAACAUUGCAAUUAAUAGUAAUGUACAAACCCUGUUUCAUCUUAAUACAUUAGCAUUGCAACAACCACUAUACUGUAUAAUACUAAUAUCUUACAGAUUUACAACAAAAAUAUAGUGUUUUUUGUGAGUUUUUCUCACUGCUCAGUCAUUCUACUACUAUCAGUCCAAAGGAAGUAGGCAGCAUGCAAAUGCAAAUAUUCUCCUGAGAAAGAGGAAGGUCCAGUUUUAACAAUUCAACCACAGGACUCUACAAGUAAUCCACACGUUUCCAAGUUUCCCUCAUUUACAACCAUUGCACAUGCACCAUGUCAAUAAGAUUAGGAUGAUAAGGAUGACCAACUUCCUUUUUUUUUUUUUGGAACAUCGAAAUCUUUAUAAAACAUGAGUCAACUGUUUGUAUGAGGAAGGAGGCGACCACCAUAUCUUAUGAUAUUAUAGCUGCUGGUUCACACUGGCUCUGA